AUGGGUUCGGACAGCAGUACAGUCGGCGCGAUGCCUCCUCCCCCAGGUGUUGUUCCGAACUUUGACAAUCCAACCGAGUCAAUCGCACAUCGCGUGAUCAUAGUAGCUGUUGUAGGCGCUGUACUCUCGAUACCCAUCUGUCUUUUACGAUUAUACACAAAGCGGUUUAUUUUACGAAGCGUGGGAUGGGAUGAUUAUUCUAUCAUGGCGGCCACUACACUGGCCUUGUUCUUCUCCAUUUACGUCGGCUAUCAAACGACCAACGGCCUGGGCCGUCACAUUUGGGAGGUUUCCGCAGCAGAUUUUUACAGAUUGAUGAAGAUAGGCGAUAUCGCAGGUCCCAUAUUUUACAACCUAGCUACAAUGUUCACCAAGAUAUCCCUGGGACUAUUCUACCUCCGUCUGUCACCCUUCGAGACUGCCUUUAGAGCCGCCGUUUACAUAGUCCUGAUCGUCUCGGUCAUUAACAGCACACUGGCAGCGUUUGGCUUUCUUUGGGUUUGCCAGCCCAUCGCGAAGUAUUGGGACUUCAGCAUCAUGACCGGGAAGUGCAUCAACUUGACCGCAUUCUUCCUUGCCACCGCAUGUAUCAAUGCGGCUGACGAUUUGGCGCUCUUGGUCCUGCCCAUCUUCAUUAUGCGCAAGCUUCAGUGGGCAUUACACAGAAAGAUUGGUGCAGCCCUACUGCUAAUGACGGGGUCGAUUGUUUGUGUUGUUAGUCUGAUCAGGGUGGAGCAAGUAGUAAGAGGAAUGCACAUAGUCAACACUGACGGGACCUGGGCAAUGGUUUCGAACUUCAUCUGGCUAUUGAUCGAGAUGUGGCUUGGUAUAAUUUGCACCUGCCUACCCAUACUUUACACCUUGGUUCGCACUCAGUUCCUAGCCAAACGGGCACCCGACAAUAGCGUCGCCUUUCCUGCCUUCAGAGAUCCAAACAGCAAUCAAGUCAACCCGAGUGCACAUGGGCCCGUCUCUGACUCCGGAUACCACUCUGGGCACCAAUCGAAUUUUAGUUUAGAACAGCUGAAUGGAGAGGAGGAGACACAAAAAUGUGGAGUGAGACAUGGCGUUCGGCCAAAGGCAUCGGAUAAAAGUCUCUUGAUCACUGCAUCGAGAUGCAACGACUGA